AUGUCUGAUCCUCGUCGGAUAUAUUCAGAGAGCAAUGUCCCCGUUCUGCGAACAUUGCCUAGCGGCCUCUUCUCGCAGAACGGCACGAUCCUUUCGUCGAGACAACUCUCCGAACUAAAUGCCUCUGUUCUACAGUACCUGCACCCCAUAUUGACAGAUUUGCCCGAAGUUUACGAGGCAGUGGAGAAAGCACUGGAAAACUAUGAGAGAUCUGUUAAUCUACAUAGCAAGAGCAACAAGGCUUAUGGUGAUCUCAUGUCCAUCGAUAUACCGGAUAACUAUCUACAGAAGAAAUGGUCCACUGUUUUGAGGUUACAACGAAACCUAUUAGAGCUAGAAACAAGGAACAAGGCAUUGGAGGACCGAAAUCAAGAAUUGGAACAACAGGUGGAAAUGUUGCGCAACACACCCCAAACCAACCAAUCUAGUGUGAUAUCCUUCAAGUUCAAUUGGAUUCCAUCUGUUUUAAAGACAUCAUUGUUGUUCCAUACUUCACCUAUAACAGCCGUUGCAAUACAUCCAUACAAUCCAUAUUUGGUCACAGCAAGCCAAGAUGGAAUGAUGGUCUUUUGGAAUAUGCUUGAUUUCAGUGAGCCUGUAGGACUAGUCAAGAAUGCUCAUUCCAAAUCUAUCAAUAGACUUUUCUUUCAACCAAAAUCGUCAUUACUGGCCUCAUGUUCCUCGGAUCAGACUAUAAAGAUCUGGGAUUUAUCUGAUAUAAACAACGUCACAACUCCAACAAAGAUCCUGACUGGUCAUGAACAUAUUGUUUCAUCGGUAGUAAUACCUAGCUCCAAUCCAAACGUUAUAUUUUCCUCCUCUCGAGAUAAUACAAUAAAAGUGUGGGAUCUGUUAACAGGAUGGGCGUUGCACAGUAUCUCGGGACACUCGGAUUGGGUUCGGGCAAUCGAUGUUGUUGGCGAUUAUGUGUUAUCAGGGUCUUCGGAUACAAGUGUAAGACUGACUCACUGGCCAUCACAGACCGGUGUGGGGUUAUGUCUUGGACAUGAACAAGUUGUUGAGGAUGUGAAAUUCUUACCAGAUGUAUGUAACCAGUACCUUGAUAAUCUAGGUACUUCACGAUCAGAUGAUACCGAAUAUGAAAAGCUUAAGUUCAAGUAUGCUAUAAGUUGUGGACGGGACAAACUAAUUAAAAUUUGGAAAUUGCCAUUACCUGAGUUCAAUGCAUUGAAGGGCCAUCCAGUUGCAAAUCCAAUGAACCCAUACGGUGAAUGUAUCAAAGAGAUCAGAGGCCACAAAUCCUGGGUCAGAGACCUUCAAGUCCAUUAUAAUGGUAAAUAUAUUAUUAGUUGUUCCGACGAUCAGACAAUUAAAUUUUGGGAUUUGGAGACAUUAUCGACAGGUCACGGUGUGGUUGAACCCGUAAAGGUUCUUCAGGGCCACGAAAGUUUUGUUAAUUGCAUAAGUAUUGCUUCUCCGAGAGGUGAAGAGGCAACUGAUGAUAACCUGCGUUGUUAUUUGGUCAGUGGUGGUGCUGAUUCAAGAAUCAAUGUGUGGGUAUAA